AUGAAGCAUGAUAAAAAUGACAUUGCUUUUGAUAUAGGAGACUAUAAUUUUACAGAAUAUUUCAGAAAUUUAGAUUCUAGAAAAACAGAUUUGAAGAUUGUUACGCACACAGCUAAUAAUGAAGUGACCAAUUUGCAAAAUCUCGAUUCCGUUUCAAAGAAAAAUGUAUUAAGAAGAAAAGGCAAUACAAGAUUUUUGGAUUUGUUCAGUAUUAUUAAAUUUGAGAACAAACCAUGUUCGUUGGAGUAUGAUCUUUUAGAAACAACUGAUGGAACGUGUUAUCAUAAGACUGAAUGCGAUCGCCUUGGAGGACUCGCGGCUGGCAGUUGCGCUAAAGGUUUUGGUGUCUGCUGUAUUUUUUCGCUAAAAUGCGGUGACAUGUCUCUACAAAACGUGAGUUACUUCGAGUCUCCUGGUUUUCCCAAACCAACUUCAUCAAAAUUAGCUUGUGCUAUAACAGUGGUGGCUCUACCUGGUGUACGACAAUUUAGACUCGACUUUUUAUCGUUUGAGAUGCAACCGCCAACAAAUGGAGAUUGCAUAGAGGAUCAACUUCUAAUUUCUGGACAAAUGGGAAACAAGUUGCCUCCAAUAUGCGGAAUAAAUACGGGACAACACAUGUAUUUGGACGUAUCACAGUCCAACUUCCUCAUGGUGAGCGCCCUAACAAAUUCAGAACGUUUGCGGCAGUAUCGUAUUAAGAUAACGCAAUUGACACCAGAACAAAAUGUACCAGAUGGUUGCUUGCAGCACUAUGAUGACCUGGACGGACGUAUUGAAAGUUUUAAUUAUGCAGAUUCAUCGAGAAUUCUCGACGCCAGGAGGCCAGGAUAUUUUAAUAACAUGAAUUACGCAAUCUGCAUAACACGGAAACCCGGCCGCUGCGCGGUGACUUAUUUCAAUGCAGAUUUUUUCCAAAUUUCAAACGUUGGCCUAGAUGGAGAACCAAUAAUUCCUCCUGAACAAGCAGGAGUUGAGGUGUUCAACUGUCCUGAUGAUUUUAUCAUCAUCAAUGGAGUUCGACUUUGUGGAGAAAGACUGAACGAUGCUUCAUUAAUUGAAGACUUUACAAUAGAUGCACCAGUUGUUGAAUAUGGUGCAGGACCAAUAAUGCUUCCUUUCCGAUCAAAUGGAAACGUUACUGGAAGAGGUUUCAGAAUACUUUUUCGCCAAGAGCCGUGCAAGAUGGAAUAA